GGACGUUUUCGAUUUCCAGCUCCAAGAGCUUGGCACGUCUUGGCUCCCGGAUGUACGCCUGUGUCGCGUGCUGCCAAAUCCCUAACCUUGCAGAACAAUUCUUUCAAGGUUUUCUUUCUGCUCUUCGGUUUUUGUUUCUGGAAUUGCGUCCUUCUCUUCGUUUAGAAUGAUCUUGCCCAAGGGAUUUCGCAUUGCACUAUCUGCCGUCGUGUUGAUUUUUAUUCUGUUCGCCCUCCUGCCGUUGCGACACAGCAAGCACCUCCUCACUCCAUUUCUUUCCAGCCACAACCGCGACCGGCGCCUGCAUCUGCUAAUCGUCGCAACAAGCAGCAAUCUCAACUUCUGCAGGCUCUUUCUGUCGUCUUCUAUCCUCUCGUACCCUGCCCCUGUCCUGAUUGAUUGGGAGGGGGCUGGGGAGUACAAUGCAUCCGAGACUCACCUGGCCAAAGUCAGCGGAGUUCUCCGCUACCUCAGGUCCCUGCCGAGAAGUAAAGAUGACGACUUGAUUUUGAUGGUGGAUGGCUACGACGUUAUAUUCCAGCUCGGUCCGGACGUGCUGAUCAAACGAUACUUUGAUGCAAUCAACGCAGCCAACGACCGAUUGACAAGGCAGUUUGGCACCGUACAGGCGUCGCAGAACGGUGUGCGGAACAGCAUUUUGCUGGGCCCUGAUAAGCAAUGCUGGCCAUAUGAUCUUCGACGUCUCGCAUGUUACGCCGUUCCAGAGUCUCCACUCCCGCCUAAAGCCUUCGGUCCCUUGACGGACGAUGACGAUGCACAACACGCUCGGCCACGAUGGCUCAAUUCGGGCACCAUCAUAGGCCCAGCUGUGGACCUGCGCAAAAUGUUCGAGGCAGUGGUGUCAAAGAUAAAUAAAACAUUCGAUGAUGAAUACGGAUUGCACGGGUCUGACCAGCUGUAUCUUUCCGACGUUUGGGGAGACCAAGAGUUCAUGCGCGAGUUGAACAGGCCGGGCAGUGCUGGUGCUCCGAAGCGUCCUGAUAUUCCGCCACAUGAAGAGGUCCCUGGAUUCAUCUUGAAGGAAGAGAAUCUCGCUGUCCCGUCCCGUGACUCUCGUGACCUUGAACUCCACAUGGGACUUGACUAUGAGUCGCGCUUGUUUCAAACGGUCUCUUUUUACGAAAAGUACAUCGACUGGAUCACGUUCGAACAGACGCCAGUAUAUUAUGAGUCCGAAAGCGUCAGCAGACGCGCAAUAAGAUUUCCUGAAGAUGUUAGAUUGGCUAGUAAGCCAUUCUCGAAGAUUCAUGAUUACACGCGGCUGUCGGAAACCGAGUGGACCGACGUACCUCUCGGAGUCAACGUCGUGACGGGAUUUGCUUUUCCAGUUUUGCACUUCACUGGUGACAAAUCUUUUCGCGACAGCUGGUGGAAUCGGAUGUGGUUCUAUCCAUACGCUGAACGGUUGUUGCAUUUCGGAGGCAUAGACAGCACAAACAGGAUCGGAGACGGACGCAUCAAUGAUGCUAACUGGUUCAAAGACGAACCCUACAAUAGUACGGAAAGACUGCAGUCAAGUGUCAGUGCCUGGAGCGAUACUGGAAAGCCGCUAGGUUGGGAUGAACUUUGCAAAGUUCACGAGACAUUGCUCUUUCAAGGUGUUGAUGCUACGCCGAAUGAUGCCAUAGUGGCAUGAAAUACUUAGGCAAAUGAUUGCUUUGAAAUGGGAGCGGGCGUAGCAAUUUGUUAUUUAAAAGUCCAUGAUACCCAAACUCAAACCCGAAAUAGCUCUUAGCGUCUAUCUCUUCGGAAAUUUAAUGCAUUUAGAACUGAAGGUUAUCACAAAAAAAGGUCUAAUCGGGCGCAACGAACAGCAGCCUACGAGGCGGCAAGACGCCGAAUUUGUCAUAUUGCACUCGUGUCCAGACUGCGUUGACAAUUGUUGUUCAUUCUCACGUCUGACAGUUGAAACCUUUUUUUUUGUUCAAAAAUGGACAUUUUCCUGGCCAGCGUCAAUUCGUUCCACAUGGUGAUGGUAUUAACACUGGCUAACUUACCGAUGAUGUCUGGUUCAGGCUCAAAAGCAAACACGAUUACUUGCUGAGGAUGCGUGUGGACAGUUCUUUCUAGUUAAAUUGAAGCUCAAAGUUAUACUGUGCGACAAAUGAAG